ACAAUCAGUUGACGUUGAAUGUUUCGUCUUGGCGGUCGCUUAAUUUAAUUCGCUGACGCUGACAGACUAUAACCGAUCGCCGGAGAUUUAAAUCUUUCGAUAUUUUUUAAAAAAAUUUCUUAAAUAUUAUUAACACAAUUUUUUUCUGGUGUACGUCCUUUGUUCUUGAUCUUGAGAAUGUGUGUGUGAUUAUGUGCCAGGAAAGAACUGAAGAGUACUAAAAACAAAACAAAAUCAGAAAGCCAUUCGAAAGGGUUUUAUCCUUGGAUCCUUGACAGGAUGUCGUUGGGAAUUUUAGCCCUACUUUUGGCCACCCUUGCCUGCGGUGGUCAGGCCCUCGAGGGGGUAGUUCAGCCCACCUGCAAUCUGAAGGACAAUUGCAAUUUGGGUGACAAUCUCCUGGCAGGAGCAAAUGCUGUCUCCGAUUCCGGUGAUGUCUCAGUCGAUAAGCUAGAAAGCAAAAUAGCUUCGAUAUUCGAGGAUAAGGUUAACUAUAGUCUCAAGUUAUUUGCCGAUGAUGCGACUACCACGAUCCUGGAAUAUCAAACGGCCAAUUUGAGUCAAUUGCAUAGCUCGCCGCCUGGAAAUUAUACACUGCACGAAAUGGAACAGAUCUCAGCUACCGAUGAGGAGGACGAUCAGGUGGAGGAGGAUGAAAGGGUUUACUUGUACAACAUUGGAAAGCGUUUUCUGGCGAUUACGCAACCUUUCGAUUCCGCCAGAAAUCCGGAUGCCUCGCCACUAUGUCGCCGGCAGAUGCAUCAGUUUCUGAACGCCUUGGACAACUUCGAUCUGUGGGCCUUAAAGAUGCACGAUGCCAGUGGCAAGUUGAAUUCCGGUAUUUUGAAUGGCAACAUCAAUCAGCCCGGAGACUUUGAUCAGUGUUUGGGAAUCCAGCAGCGCAUGAAGGAUCAGAAUGCGUCCAAGGAUCAAGAUGAGGACUCCACUAUCCGUGGUCAGUAUUGCUUGGCCUAUGCUCAGCCAGUUCUGCCACACAAUUCGAAGCGUUUGCAGAGCUUCUUCAAGUUGAUCCAAUCCCAUGGACCUUUCAAGAGCGAGUUCAAUGACCCUGGUCACCGAGUUCCUCGCUACUCCCUGAUCAACUGGGGCCUGUGCGUGCCCUCUGGCUGCUCCGCCCGAGAUGUGGAGUACAGUGUGGCCGAGUACUUGACCAAUCAGACCACUUCCACGGGCAUCACCUUCAAUGUUCGCGUUGAGCCACAGAUGUGUCAGAUUCGGGAUCACCGUCCUUGGGAUCGGAACACCACCUGGGCGGUGCGUUUCUUCCUUCUCGUUCUCUCCGUGGCGAUUCUGUCCACUAUCUAUGAUCGAUCCACCAAAUUGCAACCCAAACAGAAUGCCUGGUUCACGGCGUUUUCGUUGGACAAGAACCUGCGCUGGCUGUUCAGCACGAGCAGCGCUCCUGGGGAUAUUGAGGCGGUGCAUGGCAUCCGUUUCCUAAACGCCAUUAUGCUGAUCUUUUCGCACAAGUCCAUGGCCAUGUUCUUCAAUCCAUACAACAACCGCACGGCCAUGUCGGAAAAUCUGGGUCAACCGUGGACAGUGAUUGGACGUGCUGCUUCCCUUUACACGGAUCCCUUCCUGCUUUUCAGUGGAAUGCUAACAGCGUACUCUCUAUUUGGCCGUCUCAUGAAGAAGCAGCCCAUCAGGCUGAAGAACGAGUACAUCAGUAGGCUAAUGAGGAUUGUCCCUCCUUUGGCCGCCUUGAUCCUGUUCUGCACUUACGUGUUACCCCUGUGGGGCAGUGGACCCCAAUGGAACUUGGUGGUGGGACACCACGCCGACAUCUGCAAGAAGAACUGGUGGCGCAACCUGCUCUUCAUCCAUAACUACUUUGGCUUCAGCGAGAUGUGCCUGACGCACACGCACCAUCUGGGCAUCGACACGGAACUCUUUGCGGUGGCUCCACUCCUCAUCCUAGGACUUUGGCGUUGGCCAAGACGGGGUCUCUUCACCCUGCUCCUCCUCUGCACAAUCGGAACGGCGGCUCGGUACUACACAACGAUUGUCAAUCAGCUGUCCAACUAUAUCUACUUUGGCACCAAUAUCCAACGCUUGUUCCGUACCGCAGACUACAUGUACUCUUUCCCACCCCACCGCUCCACUGUGUACAUCAUGGGCAUCCUGCUGGGCUAUGUGCUGCGGAAGUACCAAAACGCCAAGCUGAGCAGCCUGCAGCUGCGACUUGGUUGGCUGGGCGCCACCGUUUGUGUCCUUGCCUCUCUUCUGGGACCCGCACCCAUGGGGGACAUCAACUAUGUGUAUAACUCCACUCAUGCAGCUAUCUACGCCGCCUUUGCGCCGAUUGCCUGGUGUCUGUUCUUCUCCUGGAUCGUCUUUGUUUCCCAUAAUGGAUAUACAAAUAAACUGACGAAGCUGUUUGCCUGGCGUGGUUUCCAGGUGUCUACGAAGCUCUCGUACGCCAUUUACCUGACGCAGUUCCCCGUGUUCUUCUUUAAUGUCGGCCGAAGGCGUCACAUUCAUCACUACUACAACUUUGUUUCGAUUAUUCUCGAUACCAACGAAUUCAUAUCGAUCUUCCUGGCCUCCGUGGCCCUGACGGUGCUCUUCGAUGCACCAUUCCAGAAUCUGAAGAAACUGCUUAUCAAGCGACCCGCUACCGUAAAGUUGGCGAAAGAAAGUACGGUCUCUGGGACGGAAACCCAGGAUGCGACGACACAAGCCUCAAAGCCCAGCAGCACUGCCCUCCUCCAACCGCAUCCACACUCCGAUUAGUCUGGACACACACACCCACACACUUUCUUAGCUAUGUAACUUGUAAAUGUCUUAGCAUUUAGUGGCAAUAUACUUUAGUGAUCCCCAGCGAUAUCCCCAAAAUCCCAUCCAAUCCGUCCAUCCCCAUCUCAAUUCCCAAGAGAAUCCAACCCGCCCUUAGUUUUUAGUGGAACGCUUUAUACAUUGUAAAUUGUACUUAUAGUCAAAUCGAGCGAAAAAUGAGAACCGAACCGAUUCGUAGUCAUAAACCAAUCAAUCACUGCUUGAUGUACGAUAUUAUCUUGCUUGCUAAACCGGGUUUCGAGAGGAAGUCACUGCUGGAUCCCUAUAUGUAUUCCAAAUUGUUUGGGGCACCAUACUGAGGCUCUCGAAACCCAUGUUUUCUUAGUAUACUUACGUUACCUUAAGCGAGGUCGAAUGUCAGUUUUUUUAAUGGUAAUUUAAAUAAUAAAAUAUAUGAAUAUGUUACAAAA